AUGGCCUUUCUUCAGCUCAAGACGCCCAGGAGUUUGCACAACACCUCUGGACCUACUACCUCAGUUGGCCAAAGCCCAGGUCUCCUCGUAAACGUGACCUUAGAUGGCAUUGAUUUUGACAUCGAAGCUGGUUCAAACUUGUACUGGGAUGUCCUUCUUAAAGAUCUUUACACUUACAAGGAAGUAAAUACCUUCUAUUUAUCAGCAGCGCCACAAUGCCCAAUCCCAGAUUACUACUUAGACACCGCCAUCAGAACUGGCCUGUUCGACUACACCUGGGUCCAGUUCUACAACAACCCUCCCUGCGAAUACACAGAUGAUGGAGAUACUCAGAAACUCAUAAGUUCAUGGAACCAGUGGACGACCGCCUUCAACGCCACCAAGUUCUAUGUCGGCCUCCCGGCGUCUCCCGCUGCAAACGGUAGUGCCGGUGGUUAUGUCCCGAUCGAUGUGCUCAACAAGGAGAUUCUUCCGCUGGUGGAAACCUCUCCCAAGUUUGGUGGGGUUAUGUUAUGGAGCAGGUACUACAAUUAUCUAUCUGGGUACAGCGGUAAAAUCAACUGUACUGCCUCUGCAGCUCUUAAGGUUGUCCGUGCGCCGUUGGUUGCCCUGAUGAAAUCUGUGUCGGAGGUUCUGUAUCGCCUUUUAUCGCAGUACUAG